CCAUCUCAACAGGGCCAAAAUGCCGGUCAAUAAAUGGCCCAACUUGACUAUAACACCUUUGUGAAGUAGAAAAACCUUUUGCUGCCAUUGCCGCCGUUGCCGUAACUCAUUCCUUUAGCGCCACCGCCGGCGAAAGCCCCAAAUAGUUCAAUCUUCAUCUUUUUCUUCCGAAGAUCCAUUUUUUUUCUCUCUUUGCUCUCUUCUUUGGUUUCCUUGUUAUCGUGCGUGCUUGUGUUUUCCGUAACUACCACUGGUACUCUGUGUUUGCAUGUGUUUCUGUGUGGUGAUUAUGUGAAGAGGGUAACUGUGUCAGUGUCAAAAUUUGAUUUUUUUUUGUGAUCUUGGUUGUUGGGUAUGGCAGAUUUUUAACUACAAAAAAUGGGGAAGAAGAGAAAGCACAGUGAAACUACUGAAGCUGUAGCACUGCCCAAAAAGGAAGAUGCUGCUCCAGAGAGACCAACUAGGACCCUUUUGGGAUGGAAGGAUAAGAAUCAAAUCAAUAAUGAAGUUGAGGAUUCACCUAUAUUUAGGAACAAAGAGAAGGUAUUGGUAACCUGCUCUAGGCGCAUUAAUUACAGGUAUCGGCAUUUGAUGUUGAAUGUGGUGUCGCUUUUACCUCAUGGCAAGAAGGAUAAUAAGGUUGAAUCAAAGGAAACAAAAGGCGCCACUCUGAAUGAGCUUGUUGAGCUCAAAAAUUGUUCCUCUUGUUUAUUUUUUGAGUGCAGGAAGCAGAAAGAUCUUUAUCUCUGGAUGGCAAAAUGCCCCAAUGGCCCAUCUGUAAAAUUUUUAGUUAGUGCUGUACACACAAUGGAGGAAUUGAAGCUAACUGGAAAUCACCUAAAAGGUUCCCGUCCUAUUCUGACAUUUUCAGCAAAUUUUGAGAAAGAUGCACAUUGGAAACUGUUAAAGGAGAUGUUGUUACAGAUAUUUGAAACACCAAAGGACCAUAGAAAGUCUAAGCCUUUUCACGAUCACGUUUUUGUUUUCUCAAUAGUUGAUGAUCACAUUUGGUUCCGGAAUUACCAGAUCUCUGUGCCUCAUAAUGAGUCAGACAAAUUACCUAGAGGAGGCCUUGAUAAAAUGACAUUAAUUGAGGUUGGUCCACGAUUUUGUUUGAAUCCAAUUAAAAUAUUCGGAGGCAGUUUUGGAGGCCCAACAUUAUAUGAGAAUCCAUUCUAUGUGUCACCAAAUCAGAUUAGAGCUUUGGAGAAAAGAAAGAAGGCUGGAAAGUUUGCAAAGAAGGUUAAAGCAAAGACAAGAAGGAAAAUCCAUGAGAUGUCUAAUCCUCUGGAGCCUGAUGAGUUUGCAGAUAUGUGGAAAGAAUGAUUUUAAAAGUAACUGCCACUUCCACAAAAGUAAGAAAAAUCCAUAUUUCACCUUAUUUCCAUAUCAUGAGUAUGGUAGGAUUUGUUGGCAUCCCAUGCUUUGACAUGGAUUGCUUUAUAAAUUCAAGUGGAGGUACAGGCUGUAAGUUUAUAUUCACAUUAUAAUCUAUAACAUUAAAGUGAGAUUUUUAUGAUUCUAUAAUGUUAUUUUCUUCAAUUCUUGUGGGGACUAAUUAUUAUUUGUGAUUUUAUAAUGCUAUAUUCUUUAAUUCCCGUUGGGAAUGGUUAUUUU